CGGUUAUGUUGUGACGUCAUAAAUGCUCAAAAGUCUGCUGUGAUUUCUUUCUGGCAAGGUUUAACAAAGCAAAACCAACACCAACUACCCCCUGGAAGUACCUUUGACUGCACAUACCCCCGAAAAGAUGGAGUUUAUUAAAAAAGAGUUUAAAGAGGAUAGUGAAGACAUCUGUGUUUCAGAACCAUUCAGACAAAGAGAUCUGACGGACGUGAAAGAGAAAAGUCAGUUACUGAAUGAAGUGGAGGAGAAACACCAUCCGUAUCAGACGCUUAGUUUUAAAACUGGACAAAAAUGUGGCCCACAAACUGAAAAUAAUUUCUCACAAAAGAGAUCUAAAAGAACAAGAGUAAAAAAGUCUUACACAUGCCGUCAGUGUGGAAAGAGUUUCAUGCAGAAAUGUCACCUUGAGAAUCACUUAAGAAGUCACACUGGUGAGAAACCUUUCACCUGCCAUCAAUGUGGGAAAAGUUUUACACGUAAAGAACGUGUUACUACACACAUGAGAAUUCACACUGGAGAGAAGCCUUUCAAAUGCCAUCAGUGUGGGAAGAGUUUUAGACAUAAAGAAACCCUUAAUAGGCACAUGAGAAUUCACACUGGAGAGAAGCCAUUCACAUGCCAUCACUGUGGGAAGAGUUUCAGACAGACAUUUGGUUUCAAAAAACAUUUGUCCUCUCACUCUUGUGAAAAGUCAUGCUGUGAUCGGUGUGGCAAAACAUUUUCUUCAGCAAAUGAGAAGCCUUACUUGUGUUUACUUUGUGGAAAGAGUUUAUCAUCUCUGUACAGUUUAAAAGUCCACCAGAGAACACAUACCGGUGUGAGAGCUCAUGUGUGCUCUGAGUGUGGGAAAGCCUUUCUCACAGCUUAUGGCUUAGAACAGCACCAAAAAAUACAUACUGGAGAAAAACCUUACAUGUGUUUAUAUUGUGGAAAGAGUUUUACUAAUUCAGGAGACCUGAAAAAACACGAGAGAGUGCAUACUGGAGAGAAACCAUACCACUGCACAUCAUGUGGGAAGAGUUUCAGCCAAUCAAGCACUCUACAGACUCAUAGGAAAAAGCAUUGUUCAGGGUUGUCACAGUGAACAAAUUUCAUCUUUUGUCAUGCAAAUGAAAAAAAAAAUCUCUCAAAAGAACAAUUACAAAUAUAGCCGCAAUCGGCAAUCAUCGGGGGCCAAGCACACAUGGACCU